AUGGUAAUAAAUUUCAGAAAUUUGAAGCCGAAUUCAGUUAAAUGCCAAUAUGAUGAUUCAUUAUGGGAUGAAAAACUAGAUAUUAGUGAUGAAAGAGAGAAGAAAAAUCAUACAUAUUCCAGUCGGACAUUCAUUCAAACCAAAAGAAAUUCAAAUACAAAUGACUCGGAUCAAUUAAGAAAAAAUAAUGAGCCCUUUUGGAAAAAUUCAAAAGAUAAUGAAAGAGGAAAUUGGAGAAAUAAGGGAAAUAAUGAUGAAAGAAGAAAUAACUUGAAAGAACGACAAGGUUGGGGAAAUCAGUCAGGAAAUAAUGAAAGAAGACAAUUUGAUCCAAAUUCAAGAACAAAUUGGAAUAAUACUUCAGGCAGUGGGGAAAAAAAACAAUUUUAUGAUAGAGAGAAAUCUAAUUGGCGAAACAAAUAUAGCAAUGAAGAAAGACAGAAUAAUGAUCGUUCGGGUAGGCGUAAUAAAUAUUUUGAUGAAGAGAAACAAACACAUAAUGAUAGAGAGAGAUCUUAUUGGAGAAAUAAACCAAAUGAUAAUUAUCAAGAAGAUAAUUGGGAUAAUCAGAAUAACAGCAAAAAAGAUUUUGAAAAUAGUGAGCCAUCAUCAUAUAAAUCUAGAUAUAGUAAUAAUGAAAAAAGAGAUUACAAUAAUAAAGGAUCAAAUUUUAGAAGUGGUAAUUCAGAAGCAAAAACUACAAUGAAAGUUGCAGCUUGUUACACAGGAAGAAUAAUAGGCCGUCAAGGAUCAAAAAUUCAUAGUUUAGAAGACUCUUCACAAACUAAACUCAAAGUGAUACCACAGGAGGGUCAAGAAACAAUUGUAGAAAUAAUUGGUCCUGAAAGUUGCAGAGAGAGAGCUAAGGAGCUUAUACAAGAACUCAUUGCACUAGAAUAUCCUGUCAGAUCAGAACAACGCAAUCAUAAACAACACAUGGAAAGCAGACAAAAUGCUGAUGUAGUUCAGUUAACAGAAGAAACAGAUGUUAAAAAGGAAACACCAACAAUAAAUUGGAAAGAGUUAAUAGCAGCUAGUCAAGAAGAAAAAACAAGAAAAUGGGAAAAAAUGCCACCAGUGAAAAAAAAUUUCUACGUUGAAGAUCCUAAAAUUAAAUCAAUGUCAUCAGAUGAAGUUGAAGAAUUCAGAAAAAUGAAAAACAAUAUAGUUGUGCAAAGUUUAGAUGAGGACGGUUCUCAUACUAUUCCAAAUCCAAUUUCAGAUUUUAUGCAGGCAUUCAAAAAUUAUCUCAUCACGACCUCUGCCAUGGAGAAGAAUUCUAAGAGAAAAUGUAUAUCCCUUGAAGAAAAAAUUAAAAUUUUGGAUCGGUUAAAAUUUGGUGAGAAAAUAAAAGUCAUUGCUAAAGAUUUAAAAUUAAAGAAGGCAACAAUUCGAUCAAUAAAAAGAAAUGAAAACAAAAUAAGGGCUAGAAUUUCCUCUGGAUCUUUAGCAAGUUUGGAUAAAACUGCUCGUAUAAAGGACACUUUAAUGCCUAAAAUGGAAAAGUGUUUGAUGUUAUGGAUGGAAGAUUGCUUUUCAAAGAAUUUUCCUUUGAAUAAUAAUGUGAUAAUGCAAAAGGCAACAAAGAUUUACCAGCAUUUAAAAGAGCUUGAAUCCGUUUCUUUUAAUGAAUCACAUCAAUAUGAAUUUAAAGCCAGUAAAGGUUGGUUUAGAAGAUUUAGGAAUCGAUUUUCUUUGUGCAAUGUCAAAGAUGGGGGACAAAGCGCAUCAGCCAACAUAGAAGCAGCCAAGAGAUUCCAAAAGAAUUUUCUCAAAAUUGUAGAAGAUGGAAAUUACACUGCAGAUCAGUUAUAUUAUUAUAACAUCAGAAUAAAUAUUAAGAAAACUAAUAUAUUUAUAAAAUAUUAUAGACCAAGAGAUAAAAGAGGUGGCCCUUCUUGUCUUGUUUUUGCACCCACAAGAGAAUUAGCACAGCAGAUUGAAAGAGAAUGUAAAAAAUAUGAAUAUAAAGGAAUUAAAUGUGUGUGUUUAUAUGGUGGAGGAAACAGAAGAGAACAAAUAAAUUGUGUUGAAAAAGGUGUGGAAAUAGUUAUAGCUACCCCAGGACGCUUGAAUGACUUAGUCAUGAAUAAUUUUCUUGAUGUCACUUGUGUCACUUAUUUGGUGUUAGAUGAAGCAGAUCGUAUGUUGGAUAUGGGAUUUGAACCCCAGAUUAAAAAAGUUCUUUUGGAUAUAAGACCUGACCGACAAACUGUGAUGACCAGUGCAACUUGGCCUGAAGGAGUGCGCAGAAUGGCAGCACAAUAUAUGACAAAACCAUUAUUAGUGUUUAUUGGUUCAUUGGAUAUUAGAGCAGUUCAUAGUGUAAAUCAAGAAGUACAUAUAAUUUCAGCUGAUGAUAAAAAACAAAUGUUAUAUGAAUUCAUUGAAAAUAUGACACCAGAAGAUAAAGUGAUAGUUUUUGUUGAUAAGAAAGCAGUUGCUGAUGAUUUGUCAAGUGAUCUUUUGUUGAAUGGAGUUGAUUGUCAGUCAAUUCAUGGUGACAGAGAUCAGAGUGAUCGUGAACAGGCUCUUGAAGAUUUGAGAACUGGUAUAGCUCGCAUUUUGAUUGCAACUGAUGUUGCAUCUCGUGGUUUAGAUAUAAAAGAUAUUACGCAUAUUUUUAAUUAUGAUUUCCCAAGAAAUAUUGAAGAAUAUGUUCACAGAGUUGGAAGAACUGGAAGAGCAGGCCAAACGGGAGCUUCCAUUACUUUAAUGACUCGUAAUGAUUGGAGUAAAGCUAAGGAUCUCAUUGAGAUUAUGGAAGAAGCUGGCCAGGAAAUAUCUCAAGACUUAGUGGAUAUGGCAGACAGAUAUCAAGUUUGGAAGUCUAAGCGAGAUGCAGAGGAUGUUGCUGCACGGAGAAUGGGAAGAUAUACUAAAAAUAGGAGAGAUUACUAAAAAAAUCUUUCACUGUGUACAUUGUGUAGUUUAGUUCUUGUCUAUUAAUUUAAAAGCAUUCCAUUAAAUAAUCAUUUGAAAUAUC